CGCUCACAAACAAAACUCAGCAGGCAUAUCAAACCAGCACCACGACAUUAGGAGUACAGCAGUUCCUCCCGCGACAGGUGACUGAUCAGGCCCAAUGGCUCUGCUCAAAUCUGGCUGGCUCUGGAGACAGACCUCAGUCCUCAAACGCUGGAAGCUGAAUUGGUGUGACCUGUGGAUAGAUGGGAGCUUUGUUUUUUACAAAACUGAAUCCAGAAGAGACUAUGAGGCCAAAGUGAAUCUGAAGGCCACUUGUGUGAAUGUGAAGUCUGGAAUGGAGUGUCCAAAUGUAUGUCCACCCGAGAGUCACCCCAGAGAGAAUCUGCUGGUUGUUUUUCUGAGGGAUGGUAACAUGCUGAUCCUGUGUGCCAACAGUGAAGAUGAGGCACUGGCCUGGAAACUCACACUCAUGGAGGCAAAAAGAAAUCCUGUUUUCACGUACAAUCCUUAUGACGAUACGUACCAGACCGUUCCAAUUAACAGUCACAACGCCGUGUACAUCAUGCCAAGUACGGGUAGUGGAGGGACUCAGCACGUCUGGGUACACAGAGACUCUUAUGAUGACAGUUUGGGUGAGCAGAUAGCAUUGGGCCUCCUGGCAGGAAUGGCUGCAGGUGCAGCAAUGCGUUCACUUCUAUGGAUGCCCUUUUGGUUCUGCUGAGGACCGGUCAGAUAGCGAAAUGAUCA